CCUUCCCCUAUAUAAACAAGGCCCAUCUCCCAUCUUUCUCACAGGUAGUUCCUUCCAAUGGAGAAUCAGGCUUCAAGAGGCAGGGCUGCAGGCUAUAGGGGGAAGGGGAGACAACAAUCGCAAAACCGAAAUCAGAAUCGUAAUCUCCGGCAGAAUUCAAGCCAGAACCAACUGCAUCGAGAAGCCGAUGGGCCCCAGUCAGGCGCACCGAGGGAAGCGGCCGCCCAUCUGCAGGAUUCGGGCCGAGGUAGAUCGUUCACUGAGCCAGCCACUCCCCACUCGGCGACGCCUAGAGGGAAUCGCGGCGCUGGUGGCCGGGGACGCGGCGGGAGAGGUGGGGCCCGCCAACCGAGUUCUGCUGCGAGUUCUACAAGGGGAGCCUUGGAACAAGCAAGCCAACCCACACCCAAUUCCUUUUCGAUGAGCACCGCAACUACUACCUCUGUUACACAGAUGGCUGGUGCACCAAACGGAUAUAGCUGGUCCCACCAGGGCUCUGCGCUUAUCUCGUGGUGUGUGGGGUCGACAGUAGGCAGACUCAACUAUAUACACCCCACCUUCGUCAGAUUCAUCAUCUUCUUCCUCUCAGAAAUCAUCAUCUUCUUGUUCUCAAGAAUCAUCAUCUUCUUGUUCUCAAGAAUCGUAUGAUUUUCGAUGUGGAUGACCAUGCCCCAAAAACUGUCCAGAUUACCAAUCUUGGACCCCUUAAAUUUCUCUCUGGUUUGCUUUUUCAUAGCUAGUUUACUUUUGAGUUGGAGUGUGCUUUAGAAUAGUUGUUUUAAGCAGAUAAUAAGAGUGUUGAUAUUGUGAUGGUUUAUGUGUGUUGCUUGUUUCAUGUACUCUUAUUACAAGACUCAUUUCUACUAUGGUUUGUUAUUUGAGUGUUUGAAAGGUGUUGUUACUCUCCUAAUAAAUUUUACUUGUGUGGAA